UUUUAAACCUGAUGCCCCAGCAACAUUCAAAAGCCAACGUGUAUACAGAUUCCUCGGGCGAAAACUUUAAUUUAUCACUGUCCGGAUGUACGAGAGUUGCUGGACCUGCUAUUGAAUCUCUCAGUGACGAAGUAGAGAGUAUUCCCCAAAAUAAUGAAAGUCUUCAAAAUGGGGAUAAUGAUACAAGUGACGGCACACUGGACAACCCAUGCGGUGACCGCAAAAAUAAGAGAAGGGUCCGGACCACUUUCACCAUGGACCAGCUGCAGGAGCUGGAAUGGAUAUUCAACGUGACGCACUACCCUGAUGUACAGACCAGGGACAAGCUGGCCGCCAAGAUCAAACUUCCAGAGACACGGGUCCAGAUUUGGUUUCAGAACCGUCGCGCAAAGUGGAGGAAAUAUGAAAAACUUGGUAAUUUUGGAGGCCUCCAAAACCUCACGGCAAUAGACGUGGUCCCAGCACCAAAGGCUGAUUCCGCUGACUUCGGUUUGCAGAUGAGGAAAUCGCCAGAUAAUGAAGUGCCGCACAGCUAUUACCUGCCCUUCCACAGCCACCUCACCUCGGUGCUAAUACCCAGCCUGGUAACCUCACACCAACUGCUGCCAAUCCCACUGAGGCCACCACCGUACUACGUCCCCUUUCCUCAGAGAGCCCACAGCAUCAGAGUCCCCGCAUUCCUACAUAACUCAAGGACGUCGCCGCUACUAGCAAAGGUUGCUGUCAACUGAGGUGACAUCGUUGAGCCACGUUGUUGCCUAGCAGCCGGCGCAGUGGAGACCUGCGCCUAAUCUGCACCAGAAAAUGACCUGUAACUAACAGCAAGCCUUUCACCACUCCUUGCUCCUGCAGAUGAGGACGAGAAGCUGGUCUGGCUGAAAAAGCUCUUCAUCUGUUGUUUGAAAAUUGCAGGGUAGCCAGCGGUGCCACAACCAAUAACACAGACACAAUUAAAGUACCUCAUCAUUUAUUUAUACACGUACAUACGGUAUGCAGAGGGAAGAAGAGGAGAAGUGAGAGCAGAUGUUCCUAAAGUCUAUUUAACAUGAGUCCAUGGGACCACUUUAGAAGAGAGAUGGAGCUCUUGGUGCUGAGGAUUUACAGGCCGAGGAGCAGAAAAUGAAGCAGAGGACUCAAGUCAUGGAAGCGCCGUGGGUUGCAAAGCUUGUAGAAGAGCUGCCCGGAGACAAAUUACCAGGAUGGAAACAGUACGAGCCACGAGAACCCCAUCUGCCGGAGGGCUUCAAACUUUAACUCGGUGAGCUAGAAGCUCUCAAUGUUUUUGUUCUUCAGAUGAGAAGAUACUUUUGUCAUGAAGCGGGUAAGGGACACAAUGACCUGAAAAAGGUAUUUAGGGCAUCAAAUGAACACGAAGGCGUUGACCUUUAUAAUGACUGAUAAAGAUGAACUGGAUAUUACAGAUCGCUCGGUUAUUUCUUAUCCUUCGCAAUAAAGCACUUUUAUUAAUA